GUAACUUCGUUCCCGGGAGGAAGUACACAACAGGCAAGCCAGACUCUUACCCCCAUUAUCACCAUUCCACCACCUAUCCCAUUCACUUCCCCCGUGAACCCUGUUCCUGUUUUUCCUUCAAAUUUUUCCGGACCCCUUGAUCCAAUGUAUACCCAGGCUCUUCAGAAUUUUGGACAUUUCAUGUCCAUGUUCCAGCAGCCGGGAGGAUUUUCACCUUUUUAUCCGGGAUUGUAUCCACAAUCCUCGCCUCAAACUAACGUCAUUAGCCCGAUCGUCCCGACAAACCUGAUCGGGGAGAUGGAUAAAGCAGGUCUAUCCCGGUCUAGAAGAAGCCGGUCCCGUAGGUCACAAACAAAGGUGACCUCGGACGGGAAUGUGCGUUCAGUCCACAGCAAGGACGAGGAUUGGGACGUCCCCCAAGCGCUCAAAAAAUUGAAGGGAAAGGAUGUUCAACCAGAAGGAUCUAGGAGGUCGGCCUUCCAAAGGCUGGGACACGAUGGCCGAAAUCAAAACCGGUCAGCAAAGGAACGGUUGGGAGUGGAAACCAUCCCGGCUAGUGCCUUUAAUCGUGCGGGGAGAGGAGCCGGACGACCUGGUCAGACCAGGCGAACGGAACCACCCCCACGCGAUGAGCCCCAGCACAGCCAGGCGCCGCGGGAGGAAGAAGCCGAAAGCCACCCCAGGCAUCUGACCCGCUCUCAUGUUGAACAACCUCGGGAUCGUGUGGGCCGGGUCGAGGCACGUCUGGAGAAACUGCAACGCCGAGUAGACCGGGAAGAAAAGAAGAAGAUUCUGCUGAACGAAUCUCCGUUCACAGACCGGGUUCAUGAGACCCCGUUUCCAAAGAAGGCGAAACUUGAAGUCCCGAAGUUCACCGGGAAGGAGGACCCGGAAAUUCAUGUCAAAACCCUCCAUCAAAGUGGGCGGAUGAUGGGUCUUUCCGGGGAUGAGAAAUGUUUGCUUUUCUUUCAAACCCUCCGCGGCCGCGCCGCCGAGUGGUUUCAUAACUUACCGGCCGGUGAAAUCGAUUCUUUCGAUGAGCUGGCUGAGGUGUUUCAAGAAAAGUUUAAGGAAAAUUGUACCAAGAGGAAAAAAUUCACCUACUUGAGUACAGCCGGGCAGCGAAAGCACGAGGAUCUGACAAAAUUCCUUACCCGUUGGAAGGAUGAAGUUGACAAGGUGGAGGAGAUGGACGACAAAACAGCCAUGUCCCUUCUUGUGUUCGGGCUCCGAUCCGGAGAGCUUUACAAAGAAUUCUGCAGGAGGCCUCCCCAGUCCUACCAAGAGGCCUAUAACACGGCCUGGGAUUAUGCUGACGCUGAGGCACAGGUGUCAACCAAGCGGGAGGCCGAGCAGGGCCAUUCAAAAGGAAAGAUUUCCUUGAAAAAGGAGAUUGGAUUGCCCGGUAAGGUGAAAGCUGAAAUCAUGGAGGUAAAGCCGGUCAAAACAGAGAAGAAACCAACCGGCGAGAAACAGCGGACGGAGAAGUAUUGCUCUUUUCACAAAACUGACUCCCAUAACACUGCAGAGUGUAACAGUGUGAAAGGAGUAAUAAAGCAGAUGAUCGAGGCCGAGGAGAUUGAUCUUGAGUACCUGGCUCAGGCCAAACCAAAGAAGAAUCAAUGGGUUAGGCCUGAAGGACAGCCGGCCGAACAGAACAAGAAGAAGAAAGCAGCCGGCAAUGAGCAUUUACAGGUCAUCUACGGUGGACCGGAAGGGGGAGAUUCUGCUUCCCAAAGGAAGAAGUGGGGGAGAGAGCUCUACGUGGGGACGGUAGCCCUUAAUCCCCGGUCAAAACAAGCAAGACGGGAACCGAUCACUUUUACUGACCGGGACCUUCCCGCCACCGGAGAAGAUCACAAUGACCCCCUGGUGAUAACUAUGGACAUGGGUGGAGUUGAUGUCUCCCGGGUACUUGUUGACACGGGCAGCAGUGUUAACAUUUUGUACCUGGAGGCAUUUGAGAAGCUCAAGUUGUGUCGAACACGGCUUGAGCCCCUAAAGACUCCCCUGUCUGGGUUUACCGGGGACUCAGUCGAAGCUGAAGGGUCGAUUCUUCUAACUUGCCUCGGCAGCGAACUCUUCUGGCGCCUGAGCUGCCCAGGCAGCGGCAACGGCGGCCCGCUCCGACUGCUCUUUCUGCAGCUCAUCGCUAAGCCGAGCGAUCUCCUCAGCAGACCGGGCGUUCUCAUCCCCUAGCCUCUGGUUCUCCUCAGCAGCCCGGGCGAUCUCGGCCUCCAGCUGCUGGAUCUUGGCCUGAGCCUGCUCGUCGGCCUCUUUUGCAGCCUUGAGGAGACCGUCGUGCUUGGCAUAGAGCUGGCGGUAAACCGCACAGUGCUCGGUCCAUUUGGCCUCUAUCUUCUCUGCCUUGGCCCGGGCAGCCUGGGCUUCCU